GAGGAAACGCAGCCGCGGCUCCGCGGAGCACGGCCACGGUGGCACCUGAAUCCGAGGAGGCGGCAGCUCUGCCAUCUCAGGACUCUGCCCUUCCCAAGAGAGGAACCAGGAGGAGGACCCAUCAGCCCAUGAAAUUCUUAAAGUCAUGUCCCUUGAGUCAGACCUGUUCAGGGACGUGGCCGUAGUCUUCUCCCGAGAAGAAUGGGAACGGCUGGCGCCCGCUCAGAGAGUUUUAUACAGAGACGUGAUGCUGGAGACCUAUAGCAACCUGGUCUCACUGGGUCUUGCCAUCUACAAACCUGACGUGAUCUCCUUCCUGGAGCAAGGCAGAGAGCCCUGGCUAGUAGAGGAAGCGGCAGGAAGAGGCCAGUGUCCAGUCUCGGAGUCCAAGUGUGAUAGCCAGGCAUCCUCCCCAGAGCAGCACAUUUAUGAAAUACAGUCGCCACAGUGGGAGUUAAUGGAAAGCCUUGCAAGUUACGGUCUUGAGUGCUCCAGGUUCCAAGAUGAUUGGGAAUGCAGAAGCCAGUUUGACGGACAACAGGGAAAUGCGGAUGGACAGCUGAGUCAAAUGGUGAUCAAUCGUGAAGAAAUACCCACUUUAAACCAACAAGCAUCCUUUCCUUUUUAUCAGAAAAUUCAUCCUGAAGAAAAACCUUAUGGCUAUAACGAAUGUAGAAAAGACUUCUGGCAGGAAGACUUCCUUAUUAAUCAUCAAGACAGUCAUGCUAAUGAGAAACCCUAUAAAUGUAAGGAAUGCGGCAAGGCCUUUAAAUACGGCUCACGACUAAUUCAGCAUGAGAAUAUUCACUCUGGCAAGAAGCCCUAUGAAUGUAACGAAUGUGGAAAGGCCUUCAAUUCCGGCUCAAAUUUCGUACAACAUCAGAGAGUUCAUACUGGUGAGAAACCUUAUGAAUGUAAGCAUUGUGCAAAGGCCUUUAGCCGAAGCUCACAGCUGAUUGAACAUCAGCGAAUUCAUACUGGUGAGAAGCCCUAUCAAUGUAAGGAAUGUGGCAAGGCCUUCAACAGGAUCUCACACCUUAAAGUACAUUAUAGAAUCCAUACUGGUGAAAAACCCUAUGCGUGCAAGGACUGUGGGAAGACCUUUAGUCAUCGGUCUCAGCUGAUUCAACAUCAGACUAUUCAUACGGGCAAGAAACUCUAUGAAUGUAAGGGAUGUGGGAAGGCCUUUAACCAAGGCUCAACUCUUAUUAGACAUCAGAGAAUCCAUACUGGCGAGAAACCCUAUGAAUGCAAGGCGUGUGGGAAGGCCUUCAGGGUGAGCUCACAGCUUCAGCAACAUCAGAGAAUUCACACUGGAGAGAAACCCUACCAAUGCAGGGUCUGCGGUAGGGCUUUCAAACGCGUCUCACAUCUUACUGUACAUUACAGAAUUCAUACGGGUGAGAAGCCGUAUGAGUGUAAGGAAUGUGGGAAGUGUGGGAAAUCCUUUUGCCGUCGAUCAACUCUCAUUCAGCAUCAAAGAAUCCACACAGGAGAGAGACCCUUUAGAUGUAAUGAAUGUAGUAAAACUUUCAAUCAGAGGGCACACCUUAACCAGCACGAGAGAGUUCACACAGGCGAGAGACCAUAUGAGUGUAAGGAAUGUCAGAAGACCUUCAGCCAGAUUGCCCAUCUCGCUCAGCAUCAGAGUACACAUACUAGAGAGAAGUCCCACGAGUGCCGUGAAUGUGGAAAGGCCUUUAGCCGUUCCUCAGCUCUGAUCGAUCACCAGAGGAUUCACAGUGGGGAGAAACCCUACAAAUGUAAGGACUGUGGCAGGGCCUUCGCUCAAAGUGCACAGCUCAUUAGACAUCAGAAAAUUCAUUCCGGAGAAAAACCCUACACAUGUACUAAGUGUAAGAAGUCCUUCGUACGCCUCUCUUCCCUCAUUGAGCAUCAGAGAAUUCACACUGGAGAAAAACCGUAUCACUGUGAGGACUGCACAAAGACCUUUUGCCGUGUCAUGCAACUUACGCUUCACAGGAGAAUUCAUACUGGCGAGAAACCCUAUGAGUGUAAGGAAUGUGGCAAAGCCUUUUCCUAUAGGUCCCAUUUCGUCAUUCAUAGGAGGACUCAUACAGGGGAGAGACCUUACGAAUGUCACGUGUGUGGGAAAACUUUCAGUAACCACUCUUCACUUGUCACACACCAUAGGACGCAUAGUGGGGUGAAGCCGUUCGGAUGCCACACAUGCGGCAAGGCCUUUAAUACUUCCUCAUCGCUUUGUCAGCAUAAGAGGAUUCAUACUGGCGAAAAGCCCUUUGAUUGCCCCGAAUGUGGGAAGCCCUUCAGGUGCAGGUCACAGCUUACACGCCAUCAGCGAAUUCAUGGCGAGGAAUGUUAGUGAAAGCUGACGGGACUCGGAAGUGUGCACA